CUUUCCUUGUACCCAAUCAAUCAAAAUGCCUGGUCCCCUUCCAACCCUCUCCAUUUCCCUACCCUUUUCAUUUUCUCCUCGUAGCAGCAAAAGGCGCCAAAGAGUAAUUAUCGUCUCUGAUCUCUUUUUUCCUUUAUAAAAAAUAGGGCCCUCCCCAUCUCUGUUCAUUUCAUUUCAAGAUCUGAGUUUAUUUUAUUUUGUCGGUGAUCUCUCUAUCUCUUAAUCUAUAUCUAUCUUGCUCUCCCCUCACAUUAUAAUAUUUUCUCGGAUUUGAGUUGUUUGUUCUGCACUUCGUAAUUGAUUUGAUUGCCAUAUCCUUUUACCAGAAUGAAGUCAUUUUCUAGUUUAAAUCCUAAUGCUUCCUCAAAUCUCCAAUUCCUCCUUGUUUCUCUCUAAAUCCGCUUAUAUUCUUCUGAUUAGUAGCAGUUUUGUGUGUUCGAAUCAAAGCGAAGCAUGUAUUCUGUUAGAUUUGAUGCUAGUAAGCAGUAUUAUGCUACGAGCAGUCUCGUAGUGGGUUAUGCUCUCUGUUCAAGCUUACUUGCUGUGAUAAACAAGUUCGCCAUCACCAAAUUUAACUAUCCGGGUCUGUUAACUGCCUUGCAGUAUCUGACCUCUGCUUUAGGUGUCUGGAUUUUGGGCAAACUUGGUUUCUUGCAUCACGAUCCUUUCACGUUCGAGAAUGCCAAGAAAUUCUUGCCGGCUGCUACUGUUUUUUACCUUGCCAUCUUCACCAACACCAAUCUUUUGCGCCACGCAAAUGUAGAUACGUUUAUAGUGUUCAGAUCCUUGACGCCACUAUUGGUAGCUAUUGCUGAUACAGCGUUUAGGAGACAGCCUUUCCCAUCCAAGCUCACUUUCAUAUCGUUGUUGAUUAUUUUGGGCGGUGCUGUUGGGUAUGUUGCGACGGAUUCCGCAUUCACUCUGACUGCCUAUUCCUGGGCAUUUGCUUAUUUGGUUACUAUUACUACUGAGAUGGUUUACAUCAAACAUAUGGUGACAAAUCUUGGGUUGAACACUUGGGGUUUCGUCUUUUAUAACAAUUUGUUGUCGUUGAUGAUGGCACCGCUCUUUUGGUUUUUGACAGGGGAGUAUGCGGAGGUGCUUUCUGCUUUGGCAGAAAAUGCGUGGAACUGGUUUGAACCAGUGGCUUUCUCUGCAGUGGCUUUGUCCUGUGUGUUUGGUUUGCUUAUUAGUUUUUUUGGAUUCGCAGCCCGGAAGGCAAUCUCUGCAACGGCAUUCACUGUUACUGGUGUUGUUAACAAGUUCCUCACCGUUGUGAUCAAUGUACUAAUUUGGGAUAAGCACGCGAGUCCAUUUGGUUUGGUUUGCCUCUUGCUCACGAUUGCAGGAGGGGUUCUGUAUCAGCAAUCUGUUACAAAACCUACGAAUGCUCCUUCAAUGCGAGACCCGGCAGAGGCUAAGCUUAGAGAUAUUGAGAAUGAUGGUGAUGAUGCUAUGGAAGAUAAUCAAGGCAAAGCCAUUAUGGGUAAACUAGCUUCAGUAUGAGAAUUGAUAGUAUUCUUCGUUUGUUUACUUGUUGAACUCUUGAACAGGCUGUAGAGUGUACGAACUCUAGUAUUAGUGACUUGAUAAGGUCAAAUAUUAUUUAUAUUGAGAUCUUUAUAUUUGCUAUUCCCAGUAUUUGAAUUCUGUAA